UCACGAUGGCAGCACAGCAAAUGACUAGGACACUUGUGGCUAUGGCUCUACACAAGAAAGAUGACUCUCAAGCACCACACAUUUUUCAUCCUCUCAUCCCUCUGCCAUCUCUCUCUCUCUCUCUCUCUCUCUCUCUCUCUCUCUCUCUGUGGCUCAACAAAACAAUGCCCAACCUAGUUUCAGCAAUGUCCCCAAAAGGGUACAAAUCCUUGACCUCCAUUAAGUGUUGCGAGGACACGGUCGGCGUGGCAAGAGUGAAAUACGAGAAUGGGUCGGCCACUUUCCCCGAAAAGAACCUCGUUCUUGAUCGGGGCACCCUCCGGAUUCCUCAGCCACCGCCCCGCCCGCGGAGGAUAAUACUGGUUAGACACGGACAGAGCGAAGGAAACGUCGACGAGGGCGUGUAUACGAGGGUGGCAGAUCCGAAGAUAGGUCUGACGCAGAGAGGAGUGGAGGAGGCUGAGGAGUGUGGGAGGAGAAUUCGAGAGAUGAUAGAGAGAGAUGAAGCAGAUGACUGGAGGGUUUACUUCUAUGUCUCACCUUAUAGAAGGACACUUGAGACACUUAGAAAUGUGGCCAAGGCCUUUGGCCGCUCUAGGAUUGCUGGAGUCAGAGAGGAGCCUCGUUUGAGAGAGCAAGAUUUUGGUAACUUUCAGGACAGAGAAAAGAUGAAAAUUGAGAAAAAGCUUCGAGCUAUUUAUGGCCGUUUCUUCUACCGCUUUCCUAAUGGAGAAUCGGCUGCAGAUGUUUAUGAUAGAAUAACAGGAUUCAGAGAAACGCUAAGAGCAGAUAUUGACAUAGGCCGGUUCCAGCCACCGGGUGAGCACACCCCAAAUAUGAACUUGGUACUGGUAUCACAUGGCUUGACAUUACGGGUCUUCUUAAUGAGGUGGUACAAAUGGACCGUGGAGCAAUUUGAAGGACUCGUUAACAUGGGCAAUGGAAAGAUGAUUGUCAUGGAACGGGGUUUUGGUGGCCGGUACAGCUUAUUAGUGCACCACACGGAACAAGAAUUACGAAAAUUUGGUUUGACGGAUGAAAUGCUGACUGAUCAGGAAUGGCAAAAGAGGGCAAAGCCAGGGGAACUAAAUUUCCCAUCUUUCUUCACCCAUUUGGAUGAUGAAGACAACAACGCAUGAAUCAAGGGGAAAUUAUCUCACCUGUGUAGGCGUGGUGUGGAAGCACAGAACUGAACUUUUUAGCAACAUAGACUUUAUGCACCACGAACUUGGAUAUCUGCUGUAAAUUUGGUAACGUGGUUUCUCUGAUCUGGUAGUAGAACACACAAAACCUGCCACGCCACCGAUGAUGGGAAAUAUCUUCCAGCAAAUAACUGACUAGAUUUAGAUCACUAAACCCACAUCUAACCCAAGGAAGAGUAAAUCCACAAUUUUGGUUGAGGGUGAUCCGAGUGUUCCCUUCCUUUAAUGCAUGUUCGCAUGCUCUCCAAAAACUUUAUCUCAAUGGUAGUCGUUUGAGAAGCCUGCUUCUCUUCAUUCCCCAUUUUGCUCUGGAAUCUGGACACCAGAAGACAAGGUAAUGGUUUGUAGCAAGUAUGAAUUACAUACUGGGAGAUAUCACAUUUUUUGGCUUCUAUACCAGUUCUGGUUAAGUA